AUGGCCUGGGGCUGGGAUCAAUCCGACGACGCUCACCGUCAGGUGUACGAGAACAAGCACGAGGGUCACCUGUCCCACGAGCUCAUUGCCGGUGCCGCUUCCUUCGCUGGCAUGAAGGCCUGGGAGGACCACCAGCGCAAGCAGGGCAAGACCGUCAGCCACGCUUUCGCCAAGGAGGCCCUCGCCGCCGUUGUUGGCGCUGAGGUUGACAAGCUCGCCGAGACCAAGGGCAUGGACGAGGUCGACAAGAUCAAGGCCCGCGAGCACGCCAAGAAGAACGCUCACCACAUGUACGAGGAGCACUACGAGCGCGGACACGGUGCCGACGAGUUCGACCCCGGCCGCUUCCCUCCCCCUGACCGCUUCGAGGGCCGCCGUGGUGGCUGGUAA